CCGCGCCGGCGCCAUGAAGAGGCAGAGCGAGCGAGACUCGAGCCCGAGCGGGCGCGGCUCGUCAUCGUCGGCCAAGCGGCCGCGGGAGCGCGAACGGGAGGCGGAGGCGGGUGGGCGGCGGGCGGCGCACAAGGCCUCGGGCGGCGCCAAGCACCCCGUUCCAACGCGGGCCCGCGACAAACCCCGCGGCAGCGGGGGCGGCGGCGGUGGACAUCGCGACGGCCGCGGCGCCGGGGACGCGAAUCACCGUGCGAGCAGCGGCCGCUCCUCAGGCUCGGGCGCCGGCGGCGGCGGACGCGGUGCCAAGGCCUCGGGGGACUCAGGCGCUUCGGGCGCUUCGCCCCGCGCGUCUCCACUACCGCCACCUCCGCCGCCGCCCGGGGCCGAGCCCGCGGGCCCCGGCUCAUCAGCAGCCGCACCCGAAUACAAGACGCUGCUCAUCAGCAGCCUGAGUCCCGCGCUGCCCGCGGAACACCUCGAGGACCGGCUCUUCCACCAGUUCAAGCGCUUCGGCGAGAUCAGUCUGCGCCUGUCGCACACGCCUGAGCUGGGCCGCGUGGCCUACGUGAACUUCCGGCACCCGCAGGACGCGCGCGAGGCCCGCCAGCACGCCCUGGCCCGCCAGCUGCUGCUCUACGACCGUCCGCUCAAGGUGGAGCCCGUGUACCUGCGCGGCGGCGGCGGCGGCGGCGGGAGCAGCCGGCGAAGCAGCAGCAGCAGCGCGGCCGCCUCCACGCCGCCCCCGGGGCCCCCCGCGCCCGCCGACCCGCUCGGCUACCUCCCGCUGCACAGCGGCUACCAAUACAAGCAGCGUUCGCUGUCCCCGGUUGCCGCCCCGCCACUGCGGGAGCCCCGCGCCCGCCACGCCGCUGCAGCCUUUGCCCUGGAUGCUGCCGCCGCCGCCGCCGUAGGACUUUCCCGGGAGCGGGCCUUGGACUACUAUGGGCUGUACGACGACCGCGGGCGACCCUAUGGCUACCCGGCGGUGUGCGAGGAGGACCUGAUGCCGGAGGACGACCAGCGGGCCACGCGCAACCUCUUCAUCGGGAACCUGGACCACAGCGUGUCAGAGGUGGAGCUGCGACGGGCUUUCGAGAAGUACGGCAUCAUUGAGGAGGUGGUCAUCAAGAGACCCGCCCGUGGUCAGGGCGGUGCGUAUGCCUUCCUCAAAUUCCAGAACCUGGACAUGGCCCACAGGGCUAAGGUGGCCAUGUCGGGUCGGGUGAUUGGCCGCAACCCCAUUAAGAUAGGAUAUGGCAAGGCCAACCCCACUACUCGCCUCUGGGUGGGUGGCCUGGGACCUAACACCUCACUGGCGGCUCUGGCCCGGGAGUUUGACCGCUUUGGGAGCAUUCGGACCAUUGAUCAUGUCAAAGGAGAUAGCUUUGCCUACAUCCAGUACGAAAGCUUGGACGCAGCCCAGGCAGCCUGUGCUAAAAUGAGGGGCUUUCCCUUGGGAGGUCCAGACCGCAGGCUGCGGGUGGAUUUUGCCAAAGCAGAGGAGACUCGGUAUCCCCAGCAGUACCAGCCCUCACCCCUCCCUGUGCAUUACGAGCUGCUCCCAGAUGGAUACACCCGGCACCGAAACCUGGAUGCCGACCUGCGGGUGAGGGAUAGGACCCCCCCACACCUCCUGUACUCAGACCGAGACCGGACCUUUUUGGAAGGGGACUGGACCAGCCCCAGUAAAAGCUCUGACCGCCGAAACAGCCUCGAGGGCUACAGCCGCUCAGUGCGCAGCCGGAGUGGUGAGCGCUGGGGAGGAGAUGGGGACCGGGGCCUGCCCAAGCCCUGGGAGGACAGGCGGAAGCGCCGGAGCCUUUCCAGUGAUCGUGGGAGGACAACCCACUCUCCUUAUGAGGAACGGAGCAGGACCAAGGGUGCUGGGCAGCUUGUGGACCGAGGCUCUGACCGCACCCCUGAGCGCAGCCGCAAGGAAAACCAUUCCAGUGAAGGGACCAAGGAAUCGAGCAGCAACUCCCUCAGCAACAGCAGACACGGGGCUGAGGAGCGGAGCCACCACCACCAUCAUGAGGCUCCGGACUCUUCCCACGGGAAAAAGACACGAGAGAGCGAGCGCAAUCAUCGGACCACUGAGGCUGAGCCCAAGCCUCUUGAAGAGCCAAAACACGAGACCAGAAAGCUCAAGAAUCUUUCAGAGUAUGCCCAGACACUGCAGCUAGGUUGGAAUGGGCUUCUAGUGUUGAAAAACAGCUGCUUCCCAACAUCUAUGCACAUCCUAGAGGGGGACCAGGGGGUUAUCAGCAGUCUCCUCAAAGACCACACUUCUGGGAGUAAGCUGACCCAGCUGAAGAUUGCCCAGCGCCUUCGACUGGACCAGCCCAAGCUCGAUGAGGUCACACGACGCAUCAAGCAGGGGAGCCCCAAUGGCUACGCAGUGCUCCUAGCCACACAGGCGACCCCCAGUGGGCCUGGCACUGAGGGGAUGCCCAUGGUGGAGCCAGGCCUACAGAGGCGGCUUCUCAGGAACCUGGUCUCCUACUUGAAACAGAAGCAGGCUGCAGGGGUGAUCAGCCUGCCAGUGGGUGGGUCCAAGGGCAGAGACAGCACGGGCAUGCUCUAUGCCUUCCCUCCCUGCGACUUUUCACAGCAGUACCUCCAGUCAGCACUGAGGACAUUGGGCAAGCUAGAGGAAGAACACAUGGUGAUAGUUAUAGUCUGGUCCACUACCCUGGCUGGCACGAGGCAGCGCAGGUGACAGCUGGGAUGUGUUGAGAGAGACAGUUCGUGAGAUGGAGGCGGGGGCUCAGUGCGGACCUCAUGGACAAUACAUGCCUCUCCACAAGGACAGUGAAAGAGGUGACUUUUUGAGACCUUAGAGAUUUAAAAUAAGCAAGGAAGGCACCUGGGGAAGUACUGCUCACUAGGCUUCAACUGGUGCUCGUGACAGAAAAAGCACGUUCAUAACAAACACAAGAAGUGUUAAAUGUUUGCCUGUUUGUACUUGAGCUUUGGCCACAACUGCCAGGUAUCUGAGAGCAAAGCAGCGCGAGGCACAGUAAGCCACAGCUGCACCAUUCCAGGGAGUUGGAACCACCAGAAGCAGGAAUGGGCCUCAUCUUGUUUAGAGCAGAUGAGGUAUGAACGAAUGUCUGGGUCACAGGCCGGAGCCGCCUUGCUGUAUUAAGCCCAAAACGUCUCUGGGCUGUUCCUUCAUAGAGUGGGUGCUCAGGACCCAGAAUACUACGCCUCCUAGUUUUCCCAGACAGAAACCUAGAAAGUCUGGCUGGAGAGGACACUUAAACCAUUGCUUUGUUCACCCUUCUUGAGGGAUAGGUGCUUUCUGGCCCCAAAUUGAACUAGAGUUUUCCCACUGUGUGACCAUCCUCCUCUUCCUUGGACCCUCUUCUCAACUCCUU